AUGUCAAAAGAAGAAGCAGUAACUGCGACAUUAAAAUAGCGUUUAUCUGCAAUUUAGGAUAAGGAGAUAUACUUUGAGGAUAGAGAGUCUUUUAGCGAAGAUGGGGUAUUAAUCAAAUAUAGUUAAGAAAUAUUGUGAAUAUGUGUAAAAGUAGAAUAGAGAAAUUUUAAAAAAAGUUUAGGAACUUUUGAAUGAUGAUUAAUCAAAUGUGAAUUAAUAAGAUGAUUAAAGUUUUGUUUUAAUGAAUGAUAAUUAGAAAUAAGAUAUCUUAGAGGAUUUAGAAGAAGAAUUUGGUUAAAUGUAUUAAGAAACAAAAGUGAAAAUAAACACUUAUUUAAAAUUGAUUCCAAAAAAUGAUUUAUAAUUAGCUUAGAUUUAUAGUGAUAAGUAAUAGAGAUGAUUAUAAAGUAGAUAUCCAUUUUUAGUUAUUCGAAAAUAAAUUUUGAUAUUUAUAAAACUGAUCUCUUCAUAUGCAUAAAAAAUAACAACACAUCCUUUAUUUGAAUUGUUGACAUUGUUAAUGAUCAUUUUUAAUUCGGCAAUGCUUGCAAUGGAUGAUCCAACUACUAACGUAUAAACAUCUUUUUAAGAUUUAACAGAUAUAAUAUUUUUAGCUUAUUAUACAGCUGAAGCAGUAUUAAAAAUAAUAGCAUAAGUAAGUAAAAUAUGAUAAUAAUUUUAAGGGAUUAAUAUUUCCUAAAAAAGCAUAUUUGAAAGAUACUUGGAAUAUUUUAGAUUUUUCUGUGAUUAUAACUGCAUACAUUCCUUAUUUUUUAGAAUCUAAUUCAGUGAAUCUAAAUGCUUUAAGAUCCUUUAGAGUAUUAAGACCUUUAAGAACAGUAUCAUCAAUAAAAGCAUUAAGAACAAUUUUAUUAGCUUUAUUUGCUUCUAUUGCUUAAUUGAGAGAUGCUGUAGUAGUUCUAAUAUUCUUUUAUUCAAUAUUUGCAAUAGCAGGAGUAUCAUUAUUUUCUGGAUAUUUGAAAAGAAGAUGUAUAGGUGAAGUUACAGGUAUCACAUGGAUUUCUGAUGAAAUUCUAUUUUGUUCAGAUGAUAGCAAUUGUCCUUUUUAAAAUGAUGCAUCUAAUGAAAAAUUUAUAUGUGGAAAAUAAAUUGCUAAUCCAUAGAAUAAUUUAGUUAAUUUUGAUACGUUUGGGUAUUCUUUUUUAUAAGUUUUUAUUAUUACAACAUUAGAAGGAUGGACUACUAUAUAAACAGCAGUAAUGCUUACAUUUUCAUAAAUUGUAGUCUUAUAUUUUAUUAUUGUUGUAAUUGUUGGAGCCUUCUUUUUAGUUAAUCUAACACUUGCUAUUAUUAAGUUAAACUUUAAACCUGAAAAAAUUCAAGAAGAAUUAGCUUAAAUAAAAGAAGAGAUAGAAGAAUAUGAUUAUAAAUAAUUAAGAUAAUUAAAAUUAUAUGAUCCAUAAAGAUUAAAAGUAGAUACUGAUGGUUAUGGUAUAACUUGGGAUAAGCAUCAUGAAUUUGAUUAAAAUGUAUUUAUGAAUAGAAGAAAAAAUUCUAGAAAUGGAGGUUCUUUAAUGAAUAUGAUAAAAUCAGGAAAUAUGAAAAAAAUAAGAAAUAAAAAUAAGGUAAGUUUUUAACCAAUAAAAUCAGCAGUUUAUUAUAGUAAUCCAAUUAUGUUAAAAAAUAAAUAAUUAAAAAUUGAAGGUAUUUAUGGAAUGGGUAAUUAAAAUAAAUUAAAUUAACAAUCUUUAGGAAUGAAUAGUCAAAAUAAUAAUAAUAUUCGAUCUAGUAUGGUUAGAAGAAGUAGUUAAAGUAGUAAUAAUGAUGAUAGAACAUCUUCAAAGAAAGAUGAUAAAAAUAAUACAAAUUCUAAUAAUUUUGAAAAUGAUAGUUAAAGUAAACAAACUAAAUUGAUCCCAAGAAAAAGUAUAUAAUUUGGAGAUUAAUAAAUGAAUUCAGAAUUUUUAAAUUCUCCUAUGAUAGAUUUAUAAAAUGAGAAUAUUCGACCAUUAAAUGGUGGUACUAUGUUAGUACAUCAUAGAGGAUCUAUGGAUAGUAGUAAAAGUGGUGAAUCAAGGUAAGAUAAAACACCAAAUAAAAAUCAUUUAGAAAUUCCUAAGUUAGGAGAAAGUAUUUAUAUUACUUUUAUUUAAUAGUUAAAUAAUAAUCAUAAAAUGUUAAAUCAAAUUAAAAGUUUAGUUUAGUUGCAGGAAUGAAAUAUUAAAAACCUCCCAGAAAUUCACCUAAACCUGAUUCAUAAAAAUCACUUGAUUAAAAUGAAUUUGAUAGUGUAAAUUUAAGUGAAUUAAAUACUAUAUCUGAUGAUGAUCUUGAUUAAAGAUUAGAAGAAAUGGAUAUUUUUGUUUUAGAUAAAAAUGAUGAUUCUGAAAAUGAAAAAAAAAAAAAACUUAAUUAAAAAGAAAUUAUUAGAUAAAAAAGAGCUGAAGUUAAAAGAUUAAGAGACCUAAAUAAAAAUGCUUAAUAACAUUUAGAUGAUGCUUCUUUAAAAUUAAAAUCUAAAUUAUUUAACACAAAACUAUACCCUAUUAUUGUUAUUGAUUCAGAUUUUAAUAGUGUUGAUGAUGUUUUAGUAUCUAGAAUGUUAUUAAAAUUAGAAAAAGAAAAAUUAGAAUAAGAUUAAAAAAUUAAAGAAAUGGAUAUCAAAAUUACAUAUUGUUUUAAAAAUGCAAAAUAAUCUUUAGAAUUAAAAAAAUCUAGUUCUGGUAAAAUUAAAAGUAUGACUAAAUCUGGUUAUUUAAAAUCAGGAAUGAAAUCUAAAAAAAAUAAUUUAAGUCUUAGAAGAGUUCAACCAAUUAUGGAUGAAUUACAUCCAAUUGAAGAUUUGUAAUUUCCAACUGAUAAAAAUUUUGAAAUUUAAGAUGAUUAAAAUAUAGAUAACGCUAAUGAAAACUCUGAAUCAGAUGAUGAAUAAGAUGAUGAUAAUAAUGAAAAAAAUAAUAAUAAUUUAAAUGGAAGUAAUUCUCAAAAAAUAAAAUUGAAAAAGAAAAAAAAAGAAUAAGAAAAAAAUGAAAAAUUAGAUUUUGAGUAAAUGGGUGAAAAAUUUUAAGAAAGUUCUGAUUGCAUAGUUGAUUUAAAUAGAAUUCAUUCUGUUGAAAUUAAUAAAUAAUUUAAUUAAUAAGAAAUGGCGCUUAUACCUUCUUGGGAACUAGAUUAAUAAAAUGGAGUUUUUUAUUAAGAAUAUUAAGAAAUUAGAUAAAGAGAUAUAGGAGAAAGUAAUGGUACAAUUACUGCAUAAGCUUCUAUUGAAGAUGUAUUAUUAAUUGCAGAUUAUACAUUUUAUGACUAAAAAUUUGCUAAAUAAAUGAAUUCAGUAAUGAAAGCUUUAAAUUACUCAAAAAGAGAAACUUUUAUAUACUUAGAAGGAUUUGUUGGAUUUUUAAAAGUAUGUUAAAAUCAUUUGUUAUAUUUUACACAAUCAUGGUAUUUUGAAGCAGCAAUGAAUGCAGCAGUCGCAAUUAACACAAUAAUAUUAGCUCUUGAUGGUUUACUCCCAGCUAGUAGUGCAGAUACAUUAAGUCAAUUUAAUUUAGGAUUUACAAUAUUAUUCACAAUAGAAUUAGGAUUGAAAGUGAUUGGAAUGGGACCAAAAACAUAUAUAUCUGAUACAAUGAAUAUUUUUGAUGCCGUUAUAGUAGCAUUGAGUUUAGUUGAACUAUUUUUUUUAGGAGGCGGAACUAGUGGGAAAUCUUCGUUAUCAGCUUUUAGAUCAGUAAGAAUUUUUAGAGCAUUUAGAGUUUUGAGAGUUACUAAAUUAAUGAGAAGUUUAUAAUUUAUGGGAUUUUUAAUCAAAGUAUUAGGAAAUGCAUUUAAAUCUUUUAUGUAUAUUAUGAUUUUACUGUUGUUAUUUAUUUUUAUAUUUACAUUAUUAGGGAUGGCAUUUUUUGGAGGAGAAUUAUCUAAAACACCUAGUAGAUAAAAUUAUGAUGAUAUUUAGAGUGCAUUUUUAGUAGUUUUUUAAGUACUUACAUUAGAGAAUUGGAAUAGUAUUUUAUGGGAUUUAUUGAUUUAAGAUGUUUCAGCAUUUAUUACAGUACCUUAUUUAGUAUUUUGGAUUAUGAUUGGAAACUAUGUAUUUUUAAAUUUAUUUCUGGCAAUUUUACUUGAAAAUUUUGAAGAGGAAUAUAAAAAUGAUAAAGCAGGUUUAGAUACUAAUAUUGAAAUUGGAUAAGAUUCAAUUAUGGAUAAUACAACACAAGCAGUAAAUUCAACAAGCACUAUUAAAUCGACAAUGAAAACAAAAAAAGCUACAAUUGCUUAAUAAUUGGAAAAUAAUGGAGAUGUUGAAUCUAAAAAAAAUAAAGUAUUUUAAUAAAUAUUUUAAUAUUUUGUUGAACCUGGACUAUGUUAAUAUUCAGUGUAUUUAUUCAGUUAAGAUAAUCUAAUUAGAAGAAUUUGUUAUAGAAUUGUAAAAGAUGAUAAAUUUGAAACUUUAAUUUUCUUUAUGAUAUUUUUAACAUCAACAAAAUUAGUAUUCGACACAUAUAUUCCAGAUAGCGGUGAAUUAAAAGAAAUUUCAUUAGAUAUUGACAUAUUUUUUGCUGUAUUUUUUGGAGUUGAAAUGUUUAUGAAAAUAAUAGCUUUUGGGUUUGUUUAAUAAGAAAAUUCAUAUUUAAGAGAAUCAUGGAAUAUAUUAGAUUUUUUUAUAGUGAUAGCAUCAUUUAUUGAUGUGAGUGUUUCAACAAUUAAUUUGAGUUUCGUAAAAAUCUUAAGAUUAUUAAGAACAUUAAGACCAUUAAGAUUUAUAACUCAUAAUAGAUCAAUGAAAAUAUUGGUAUCAGCAUUAUUGUAAUCAAUAAAUGGUAUAUUCAAUGUAGCAAUAGUUGUAAUAUUGGUUUGGAUGAUGUUUGCAAUUUUAGGGAUUAAUUUAUAAAAGAAUAAAAUGAAUUAUUGUGACACAGGAGAUGAUGAAGUACAUUACGAUUAUGGACCAGAAGAAUGUAAAGCAAAUGGAGGUGUUUGGGAGAAUAGAAAAGUGAAUUUUGAUAAUAUUUUAAAUGGUAUGUUAACCUUAUUCAUAUUAUCAACAUUGGAAGGAUGGCCAGAUAUAAUGUAUUGGUUUAUUGAUGCAGAUGAAGCAGGUCCAAUAAAAGGAGCUUAAUUACAAUUUUCUUGGUAUUUUAUUAUAUUUAUUUUGAUUGGAUCAAUUUUAUUGAUGAACUUAUUUAUUGGUGUUAUAUUGGUAAAUUAUCAUUUAGCAGAGGAAGCAUCAAGAGAUAAGAUUCUUACUCAACCUUAAGUUGAUUGGAUUGAAUUAUAAAAACUAAUAGUUCAUACUAAUCCAAAUUUAGCUAUGUUCUUUAGUCCUGAGAAUCCUUUUAGAGCUAAAGUAUUUAUUAUUAUCAAACACAGAUAUUUUGACCCUACAAUAUUAUUUAUUAUAGUAUGUAAUAUUGUUACUAUGGGUUUAUCUUAAGAUGAUGCUCCAUUAGAAUAUGAAAAUAUUUUAUAAUCUCUUAAUACAGCAUUUACUUUUAUAUUUAUUACAGAAGCUAUUCUCAAAAUUAUUGCCUUAGGACCUGUAGGUUAUAUGAGAAAUUAAUGGAAUCAAUUUGACUUUUUUGUUGUUUGUGCAUCUAUUUUGGAUUUAAUAUUGUAAUUCACUGGAAACUCAUUCAUAUCAUUUUUAAGUGCUGGACCAUAAUUAGCAAGAGUAUUCAGAGUAUUAAGAGUAACAAGAUUAUUUAGGCUUAUUAAAUCAUUUGAAGGAUUAUAAAAACUUAUAGAAACAGCAAUAUACUCUUUACCUGCUAUGUUAAAUGUGUCUGCCUUAUUAUUUCUUGUUUUCUUUAUAUUCUCUAUCUUAGGAGUAUUUCUAUUUGGUUCAAUCAGAACAGGAUGGGCUAUAGAUGAUGUAAACAAUUUUUCAGAUUUUCAUCAUUCCUUUUAAUUACUCUUCAGAUGUUCAACUGGUGAAGAUUGGUAUAAAGUUAUGUUUGAUACUAUUUAAGAUGGUCAAGGUUAUUAUUGUAUCUUCUUUAUUAUAUUUAUUGUUAUUUAACAAUACAUUAUGCUAAAUCUAUUCAUUUUGAUUAUUCUAGAUCAAUAUGAAAUCAAUUACUUUAACAGUGAUAAUCCUCUUAAUAAAUUUUAGGAAUAUGAAAAUAUGUUCAUUGAAUCAUGGUCUAAAUUUGCAAAAGAGGAUAAAGGAAUGAAAAUGAAUCAACAAUAAUUAGUACCUUUAUUGUUGGAUAUGGAAAAACCAAUAGGCUACGAUUUGAAAUAAAAACUAAAUGAUGAAAUCAGUGAAUGGAGAAGAAUCAAUCCUCAAUUAGAUACAAAAGAAAGUGUCUUAAAAUAAACUUAAAUUCUUAAAGCUUAAGCUAAACGAGAUGUUUCUACAUAAAUUAUGAAAAUGAAUAUUUAUUCAGAUAUCACUGGAUAAGUUAAAUAUCAUCAGAUAUUGUUUUCUGUCAUGAAAUCCUAUAUGUGGAAGAAAGUCUAAGUAAAUUUAAGUUCAGAAGGAGCAGAUAAAAUAUUACAAAAAGAAGAUGAAACAUAUAAGAGAUUAAAAAAGAAACAAGUAGGAGUAUAAUCAAAAGAGGUUACUUUAGUUAAUCCUAUUGUAUAAUUCUUAUUUGUACAUAUGGCUUUUAAAACUUUAAGACGUUAUGGAGAGAAGAAGAAACAAUAAAAAGAAUUAUAAGCCUAAUUAUUACUUGAAUAAGAAUAAGAACAUUAUAGUGAAGGAUUUAGUUCUGAUUCAUCUUUCGACAAUAAAAUAGAGAUUUUAUCGAGAAAUUCAAAGGAUACUGAACAUCCAAAGAGACCAGAUUAUGGGAGAACUAAAUAUUUAUCGCUUCCAAAUACAGAAAUAUAUAAAGAAGAGAUAUGUAUAAAUUAAGAAACACCUGCAAUUAAUGAUUCAGAAAGAAGCUCAAAAGAAGAAGAAGAAGAACCAGAUGAAGAUGGUAUUUAUUUAAUUAUAUUAAAUUUAAGUAAUGUAGUAAUACACUAAAGAUUUUAAAAAACAUCUAAUAAAUCCGAAUGGAUCAACAGGAAAUAUUUAAGAAGAUAAAAAUGUUAACAAUAUAGGUUCAGGGGCUAUUAGAAGCAGUUAAUCUCGUACUAGCUAAAUAACUAAAUAACCAAAAAGAUUAACUCUUAAACCUAGUGAUUUGAUAUAAGGAUUAGGUGCAAGUAAGAAAUCUAUUUAAUCUAAUUAACCAGUUGUUAAUUAAAAUCCUAAUAUUUCAUAAGAUAAUCCUUCUGUAAUCAAUUAAAGUAGUGGAAACAGCAAUAGUAAUAAAUGAUUAAUAUAUAAAUUUGCC